AUGGGGGUAACAGACCACCGACAUUCCGAGAGGGUGUUCUUCAAAAACAUGGGUCUAGGUGCCUCCGACACCGACUCAUUCCACCCCAAGUUUGACGUGUACAUCCGACAUUCCUCCAGUUGGAAGGUCCGAACGCUGAAGUCCAUUAUGAAGCUACUGGGGCAUGAGAAGCGUGUGAUCGAUGUAUUGAAGAUCGAUAUCGAGGUGUACGAGUGGGCUGUGACAGACAACAUCAUGAAGGACGGGCUGUUUCCCCAAAUCCGCCAGUUUCUGGUGGAGUGGCACAUCUUCCCAAACGAACCAUUCAGAAAUCGCUUCCAGGAUAUGUACAAUACCUACAUGAGCCUGAGGAAGAAUGGAUUCCAGUUCUACCACAAGGAGAGCUCCUCCCGGUACCACCAUUACCGGUACUGGAACUCACAGGCUGAUAUGUGUUACGUAAACACCCUCUUCAAGGAACCCAGAUAACACUUCCGUCAUGCGCAGAACGGAAUCAGCAUGGGCACAUCGGAAGUGAGCUGUGUGAUAUAUCCUCGAGCAGGAUCCGGGGUAUUUUUAGACGUAGGUACAGCUUGUAUGUCUGAAGGAGAGGCACUCUUUGUACAAGAACCCAGUGGAAUCCUACAUCACAGAAGCCACUUGAUGCUGUAAGUUGUAUGCUUCUCUCGAGGGUAAUACGGUCUGAUGUACGCCUCUUUGUAGCAGUGUCAUCCCUCGCCU